GAGCCAGUUUGCCUACCAGAGGAGUCCCAUCUCCUUCCCUCCCUGCUCUCUGCCUCCUUCACUUUUCUUCUGUCUGUUUCUCUGGAGGCUCUAGCAGCCAUGAGCCGCCAGUUUAGUUCUCGGUCGGCCUUCAGUUCUAGGAGUAGGCAGGGACACCGUUCUGGCUGUUCUGCGGGCUCUGGUGGCGGGGCCCAGACCACGGGGUCUGUGUGUCGGAUCCGAGGGAAGUGUGGUGGUGAUGGGUAUGGGGGCCAUGCCAGGGACUUUUCCUCUAGGAGCCUCUACGAUCUGGGUGGCAGCCGGAGCAUCUCCUUUAACCUCAUGGGGAGAAAUGCCAGUGGCUUCUGCCAGGGAGGGACCUCUGGAGGGGGCAGAAGCUUUGGGAGUGGCAGCUAUGGAGAUGGUAGCUCUGGGGGCCACAGCUUUAGGGGUGCUGGGUUUAGAGGUAGCAGUUUUGCCCUUGGGGGCUUUGGCCUUUCUUGUCCCCCCGGGGGCAUCCAAGAGGUGACCAUUAAUCAGAGCCUCCUACAACCGCUUCACCUGAAAGUGGACCCGGAAAUCCACAGGAUCAAGACCCAGGAGCGGGAACAGAUCAUGGUUCUCAACAACAAGUUUGCCUCCUUCAUCGACAAGGUGCGAUUCCUGGAGCAGCAAAAUCAGGUGCUACAAACAAAAUGGGAGCUGCUGCAGCAAGUAAACACCUCGACGCGAAGCAACAACCUGGAGCCCAUCCUGGAGAAAUACAUCAACGAGUUGCAGAAGCAGGUGAAUUUUCUCAACGGAGAGCAGAUGCGCCAGAAUUCUGAGGUGAAGAACAUUCAGGAUGUCGUGGAAGACUACAAGAGCAAGUAUGAGGAAGAAAUCAACCACAGGACCAACACUGAGAACGACUUUGUCGUCCUCAAGAAGGAUGUGGAUGCUGCUUAUAUGGCCAAAGUGGACCUGCAGUCCAAGGUGGACACCCUGUUGGGGGAGAUCAGUUUCAUGAAAUAUUUAUUUGAGGAGGAGCUGUCCCAGAUGCAGACCCACAUCACUGACACCAAUGUCAUCCUGUCCAUGGACAACAACCGCUCCCUGGACCUGGACAGCAUCAUCGACGCAGUCCGGGCUAAGUAUGAAUUCAUCACACAGAAGAGCAAGGAGGAGGCUGAGAGUGUAUACCAGAGCAAGUACCAGGAGCUGCAGAUCACAGCAGGCAGACACGGAGACGAACUUAAGAACACCAAGGUGGAAAUCUCAGAGCUCAACCGCACCAUCCAGAGGUUGCAGGCCGAGAUUGGCAAUGUCAAGAAUCAGAUUGAUCAUAUGCACGAGGCCAUCUCCGAUGCAGAGGAGAGAGGGGAGCAAGCCCUCCAGGACGCCAAGCACAAGCUGCAGGACAUGGAGGAGGCCCUGCAGCAGUCCAAGGAGCAGCUGGUGGAGUUGCUGAGAGACUACCAGGCGCUGCUGGGAGUCAAGCUGUCUCUGGAUGUGGAGAUCGCCACUUACUGCCAGCUGCUGGAGGGAGAGGAGAGCAGGAUGUUUGGGGAGCUGCAGAGCCACGUGAGCGUCUCUGUGCACAGCAGCCAGGUGACACUCGGAGGAGGCAGCAGCAGCGGCCGUGGCUCUGGAGGUUUCAGCAGUGGAGGCGGAGGCGGAGGCGGAGGUUACAGAGGGGGCAGCUCCAGAGAGGUUGGGGCAGGUGGGGGCAGCUACGGAGGGGGCUCCCGAGGGGGCGGGGGCAGCAGAGGCUACAGGAGCAGCAGCCGGAGUGGCAGCAAGUAUGGGGGUGGGAGCAGUGGAGGCUCCUCCCGCCUGCAGAUCAUCCAGACUUCCACCAACACCUCCCACAGGUGGACAGUGGAGUAGAGCCAGGUCCACCACUCCUGGGCUCGCUCCUGUCCCCUCCCCGGCCUCCUUCCUCAGUCCUUCCCACUUAGCCUUUUCCUGAUGGGUCUCAGCAGAUUUGUCAAUAAGAUUUGCUCUAAAUAGGGAAGCAGGUGGCAGCCCCCCCCCCCCCAAUCAAUGAUCUUUGUUUACAUUUUUUCUUUUUUAAACCAGAGCACUGCUCAGCUCUGGCUAAUGGACACAUGUCAGGUUGGUAGGGGGACUCCUGAGCUCGGGUGUUCCUGCUUCAUGUUCUGUCAUCCUUACUCUUAUGUUGACGGAGCGAGUGGAUUUGUAGACAUACAAAUAAGGCCCAGCUGGCCUUGACUCUGAACCCCUGUCUCAAGAAGUCAUCCCCUGUGGAGUGAGGAUUCAGGGGGGAGUGUUUCAUAGUGCAGGAGUCCUUGUGUCCUGAAAGGACUGUUCCUAGCAAGAAAGGGAGGAGUUGAUGGGCCAACUCCUAACAGUUCUGUCCUUCGGAAGUCUGGUCCUUCCUGGUCUCUGCUCCAUGAUGCCCCCCUGAGCACUAUCCAGCAGGUGGGCACAUCCCACCUCAUCUGUUCUGGCUAGGUUGUCCUGAGGUUGUCUGAGGCCCAGGCUUAGGUCUUGGGAGGGUUCCAUUCUGAGUCUUCGAGGAAGCUGCCCGCCAUUUGCCAAGUACUGCGAUGCUCUUCCCUACCCCCAAACCCUAAAGACCCUUCUGCUUCCUGUCCUCUGUGACUCUUCAUUUUGGGCCUUACACAAGCUGCUUGAGAUGAGGGGACAAGAAAGAGAAAGCUCUGGCCCACUGACAGCAUGGAGAAAGGAAAAGGGCCUUCCUUCUAAGGCCACAAACCACCUUCACACGCUCCUGAAGUCCCAGCACAAUUCUGAGGUUGUACCUCUCUCAGCAUUCUGGGUGGGCUUGUCAGAGGGAAUGCUGUGACUUCAUCGUUUCCUGGUUGAAGGGCUUGACAUUUCUAGGGUUUCUACAAUAAAUGUUUUUCUGUGAUCACAAA